AUGCGGAUCAUAGAAAUAUUUAAUGUGCAUUUUCUCAUAAAGAGUUCAAGUGCUCGGCACUCAAUGUUUGUCUUGAUGUUAGCCCUUUGUUGCCUAAGCAGUGCAUUAGGCGCCAAGAUAAUCAAAAAAGUGGUAAGUGCCGAGCAGAAUAACAAUGAACAUAAAGACGGAGCAGGGGCAAAAGAACCUGCACCAGCAGCAGAAGCAGCAUCCAAUGAACACAACGAUGGCGAUGGCGAUGCCGAUGACGACGACGACGAUGAUGAUAACGAGGAGGAGGAAGAAACUGUAGCUAAGGUUGAGGCUGACAAAGAGACUGCUUCAACAGCUGACCACAAAAAUCCGAAUGCAGUGCAAACGUCUGAUCCCACAGAUCUCAGUGUUUGGGGCAUGGUUCGAUCGCUUUGGAGUUGGUUGCGAAGCGAUUUAAGUGAAAGCCUCUUUGGCGGCGAUGACGACGACGACGACGACGAUAAAAAUAAACCAGCAACAGUAGCAGCUGUGGAAGGUCGUACAUUUGGGAAAAUUCGUCGUUUACAAAUGGCUCUUAUACCAAUUAUCUUUAAAUUUGGGGUCCUUUCGGCUAUGGUAGCAUUCCUAGUGGCUAUUGGAAUGAAAUCUCUAUUCCUACUCAAGGUACUGGUUCUGAUGAAUGCCAUUGCCAUUUUAGGCAAGUUUAUAACUUUAAAGUCAAGCUUGUUUGGCCAAUAUGAGCAUACGGCUCCAUCGUUCAAUUAUCCUGGUUGGAAUCCUCAUGCCAAGGAGUCGAAUUGGGGCACAACCGGUCUAAGUGGAUCACCACCCCAUCCACCGAGCAAGGAAAUACAUUUGCAUAUACACGGCAAUGCCCAAACUCAGGCCCAGCUAGCUGGUGGUUACAAUUAUGAAAUGCAGGGUGUUGGCGGUGGUUGGGCUAGUCGCUCUGAUCCAUAUGGAGCUUAUGCACCUUCCACUAGUGGUCAAUAUCUGGACAGUGCGCCAUCUAACGCCAACGGUAUUGGCGAGCUACCUAAUAACACUGAUCCCAUGGCAUUGCUGCCCACAAAAUAUCCGGCGAGAAAUCUAAUACGCUGA